UGCCCUUAUACCAUUUAACACUCUAGGUCCACCUUCAAGACACUGGGCUGUGGAUCAACAGACCCACCACUCCUCUUCCAAGAAUCAUUUUGACAGGUUCUUUUGGAGGAGCUCCUUCUCUUUUUUUAACCCAUCCUUUUAAACAAAAUGGCACCAAAGAAGGACGUGAAGAAACCUGCCGCUGCGGCUGCCCCUGCUCCAGCCCCAGCCCCGGCUCCGGCCCCAGCACCUCCCCCAGCCAAAAAAGAAGAAAAAAUUGACCUCUCUGCCAUUAAGAUCGAGUUCUCUAAGGAACAGCAGGAUGAGUUCAAGGAGGCAUUUCUCCUGUUCGACAGGACAGGCGAAAGCAAGAUCACUUUAAGCCAGGUUGGUGAUGUACUACGGGCUCUGGGCACAAAUCCCACCAAUGCAGAGGUCAAGAAGGUCCUGGGAAAUCCCAGCAAUGAAGAGAUGAAUGCCAAGAAAAUUGAGUUUGAACAAUUUCUGCCUAUGCUACAAGCUAUUUCCAACAACAAGGACCAGGGCACCUAUGAAGACUUUGUUGAGGGUCUGCGUGUCUUUGACAAGGAAGGCAAUGGCACAGUCAUGGGUGCUGAACUUCGCCAUGUUUUAGCCACCCUGGGUGAAAGGAUGAAAGAGGAGGAAGUAGAAGCUCUGAUGGCAGGUCAGGAAGACUCCAAUGGCUGCAUCAACUAUGAAGCUUUUGUCAAGCACAUCAUGUCUAUCUAAAUGGAGAUCUCAAGAACAAGCAUUGUUUAUGAAGACUGAUUGGCACCUGGUUUUAAUAACACCCAUGACUAACUGUCCAGAUCUGUUGACCAUCAUUCAGAAAAGCAAUCUGUUUUCUUCUAAACUAAAGGACUUACUAAAUUUUUAUAUAUCUUAAUAUUCUCUUUGAAUUGUAUUCAAACAACACAAAUCAAGUGUCUGCUACUCUAGACAAGAAAGAUAAACAUUGACAGUUUCAAAUCUAAGCACCAAUCUUUAUCCACCAUGGGUCAAUGAACAUCUUUAACAUAAUGAAUCAAUAAAUAAUUCUUGGUCAGUCUGGUAUGUUCA